AUGAGCUCCACCUCUUCUGGUCGAUCACCUAGCCGUCCUGGUACCGGAAAACACCCCACUUAUCGCGGUGUGCGAAGCCGGAGCGGAAAAUGGGUGUCAGAGAUUCGAGAGCCACGUAAGACUACGCGUAUAUGGCUCGGCACGUACCCGAAGCCCGAGAUGGCGGCUGCCGCCUAUGACGUGGCGGCCGCCGCCCUCAAAGGUGGUGAUGCAAUUCUGAAUUUUCCGGAUUAUGCUCCUUCCUAUCCAGUUCCGGCUUCCACGUCGCCGACGGAUAUCCGCAGUGCAGCUUCUGCAGCAGCAGCGCUGAUGAAAGCUGACACGGAUGCCGGAGAAUCAAGAACUGACGACACCGCCGGUGGUGGGUGUCAUGAAUUCGUCGAUGAGGAGGCAUUGUUUGACAUGCCCAAUUUGCUGAUGGACAUGGCGGAGGGAAUGCUGGUGUCGCCGCCGAGAAUGAAGUCUGACGACUCGCCGGAAAAUUCUGAUGGAGAAAGUCUAUGGAGUUAUAAUUAACAAGCUACACUACUCAAACAUCCAAUCCAAACACCCCAAAUGUCCAACAACAAAAAAAAAAUGUUACAUCUAUAUAUGAUUGAUUGUCAAUCACACAUAUAUUUUAUAUAUAGAUGGAAGAGGUGAAGCAUGAACGUGAUCACACGAUCAUGUAUAUAAAUAUACAUAUAUAUUUAUAUCCAAUGGGGUUUUUCAAAUCGAGGUAGGGAUUAAUUUAGUGU